UCUCCCGUCUCUCAGGCUCUCGCGAGAGUUGGGGGCAGCGGCGGCGGCCGGGCCUACGUGGAGAAGCCAGUAGUAGCGGAGCCCAGCGGGGUUAUGAGUGCUGCAUGUAUGCUUUUCAGAGCAGUAGUGUGAGGAAGCUUGCAGUGGAAUGGCAGGACGGCCUCAUCCUUAUGACAGUAACUCCAGUGAUCCAGAGAGUUGGGAUCGGAAAUUGCAUAAUAGACCCCGUAAACUUUGUAAACAUUCAAGUACCCCAUCUCGUGUUGCUAAAGACCAUACAAAAAUGAGCCUCCAUGGUGCUAGUGGUGGACAUGAGAGAUCAAGAGACAGACGAAGGUCAAGUGAUAGAUCACGUGACUCAUCCCAUGAAAGAGUAGAGUCUCAGCUCACUCCAUGCAUCAGGAACGUUACUUCACCAACAAGACAACAUCAUGGAGAUCGUGAAAAGGAUCACAGUUCGUCUCGACCAAGCAGUCCUCGCCCUCAGAAGACCUCCCCAAAUGGUUCCAGUGUUGGGAACAGCAGCAGAAACAGUAGCCAGUCAAGUUCAGAUGGGAGCUGCAAGAUUGGUGGGGAAAUGGUAUUUGUAUAUGAGAAUGGAAAAGAGGGAGCUCGGAAUGUACGGACCUCUGAACGAGUAACGCUUAUAGUGGACAACACGAGAUUUGUUGUAGACCCUUCCAUCUUUACUGCACAGCCUAAUACAAUGUUGGGCAGGAUGUUUGGAUCAGGCAGAGAACAUAACUUCACACGUCCUAAUGAAAAGGGAGAGUAUGAAGUAGCUGAAGGAAUUGGCUCCACUGUGUUUCGUGCUAUUCUGGAUUACUACAAAACUGGGGUAAUACGUUGUCCUGAUGGAAUAUCUAUUCCCGAACUAAGAGAAGCAUGCGACUACCUUUGUAUCUCCUUUGAAUACAGUACUAUCAAAUGUAGAGAUCUCAGUGCUCUUAUGCAUGAAUUAUCGAAUGAUGGGGCUCGCAAACAGUUUGAGUUUUACUUGGAAGAAAUGAUUCUCCCACUAAUGGUAGCCAGUGCCCAGAGUGGUGAGAGAGAGUGUCACAUUGUGGUGCUUACAGAUGAUGAUGUGGUAGACUGGGAUGAAGAGUAUCCUCCACAGAUGGGAGAAGAAUAUUCACAAAUAAUUUACAGCACAAAGUUAUACAGGUUCUUCAAGUACAUUGAAAACAGAGAUGUGGCCAAAUCUGUUCUGAAGGAAAGAGGUCUCAAGAAGAUUCGACUGGGUAUUGAAGGUUACCCCACAUACAAAGAAAAAGUGAAGAAGAGACCAGGUGGGAGGCCCGAGGUGAUUUACAACUAUGUCCAGAGGCCAUUCAUUCGCAUGUCAUGGGAAAAGGAGGAAGGAAAGAGUCGACAUGUUGACUUUCAGUGUGUAAAAAGCAAAUCUAUUACAAAUCUAGCAGCAGCUGCAGCAGAUAUUCCCCAGGACCAGCUUGUGGUAAUGCACCCCACACCACAAGUGGAUGAGCUAGAUAUUCUGCCUAUUCAUCCUCCACCCAACAACAACGAUGUGGAUCCUGAGGGGCAAAAUCCAGGACUCUGAUUCAGACUUACUCAAACAGAAGCAUGCUACUUUAAGAUGACUGUACUCAACUCAUACUACACUGCAAUUCCUGCUUUUCUUCAUUGUGUAACAAAGUGUUUAGGAUAUUGCAGUAUGGACUCUUUUAAAGACCAAAGGAGUAUCUGAUCGUAAUUUUCAAGAGUACAACUCUAACAUUCUGAGGUUCCAGUUACAUACGUGUAUUUGUUUACCAGUAGGCUUGUGACAUUGGUUAUUUGUAUGCUGGACUCUCCUCGCUCUAGGCCCAUCAAAACAAUGGGAUCUGGUGGGUAGUUUCAAUAAUAUUGUUACGCAGUGGGUAAGAAGCAGAACUGAUAGUAGCACUUUAAAUGGUUGAUAACUAGAAUUCUCAAAGCCAUUUUUUUAUAAAUGUUGCACAAUGCUAACUUAAACAAAGUGCUUCUAUCAAAGUCUGUCUAUUCAGUUACACGUAAAUAACUUGCUCUGAAUAGAUUGACCCUUUUAAAUGUAUUGCAUAUGGUCGAGCACAAAACAAGUCCUUCCCACAGGGGUUUUUGGAUUGAGGGCAAUUCAAUUACCCAUGUAACAUCCUGGUCAAGUCCAAUUUCUUCAGUGAAUUUUUUUUCACUUGUUUGCAGCUUGAGCCAUCUUCAGGGGUUGUGAACAACUGUUAGGGGCUUUAUCUUAAAUUUUGCCUUACCUUAAUCUGUUCACAGAACUAUUUAUUUACUAAAUUUUUCAUAAGUGUUGUGGAAUAAGAAAAUGCAAAUGGUUCGCUCUUCAGUUAUUAAAUGAUUGUAAUUGUAAACUCAAGGUUCAUUCAAAUAAAGUUUCCAUUAUUUUAA